AUUGUGAAAUAGUAUUACCGUCUGAACAAAUCUUCACAUAACUCAGUAUACUGCUUGAAGGAAGAUAGUCUACAAGAAUUUGACACCUUUUACCUUUGCCAUAUGUUCAGGAAUUUGUUCAUUUUAUGUUCUGAUUGUUGUCCUUAGUUUCCCCUAAGAGUUGCUGGAAGUGGAACAGAUCACUAUGCGGAAUCUGAUUCUACGCUAGUCUGUCAGGGGAAUUUGAUUCAUGCCUUUGAUAUCUCUUGCCUUGUGGUGCAUUCCGAAGAUAGUGAACAUUUAAAAUGAAGGGGUUUGAAGACGCGGCGCAAGCGCAUAAUGACGCGUCGCGCAUUAAUCGUGCGCUUUCUCUUGCAAGAUCGCGCAAACCCGAGGCCGACGCGAGAGCGGCGCCACCCGUUCGCUACUAUCCUCCAGCGAAGGCAUGUUUUUACAUUAUGAUACCACGAAAACGGGAAGAUAUCAGCUAGUAUCAUGAUGUUGAGGGAUUGAGUGAUUUGUUAUCGCACUUUCGCUCAUGUUGAUGGAUAGCUAAUUGAGAGAGGCUGAGCACGUCGGAACAUGGUACAAAAUGUGAUCAAGUCCUAAUAUUCAGUGCCAAAUCGUAAUUUUCAGUUUCUAUUUCAUUGAAGAUAGCCUUUCAUUUUCGAUUUCGAAACACACAUGACUACAACUCUUCAUUAUAUUUUUGUUUAUGCUAGAUUUAAUUAGUACCACUACAUUUAUUUUUUCUUUCAUGUGUGACGAAGCUCCGGAGGCGACGCGGGAAGUUGUUGAGGACUCCGAAAGUUUUACGAGAGACGGGAGUUGGAGUACCGAAAGUUUUAUGCGAGACAGUAUGGCUGCAGAGUUCUUUGCGACUAUGCGUAGCGGAAAAUCCGCGGUUGGACUGUGGAGUGACGCUAAGGGACGUGCGAACGGACAACAGUUUCCUAGGGUUAAUUUGACCAAUAAUCAGUUGAUCACAGGUGAUGGACUUCUUGGAGCAAAUAGUGCAGAGCGAUGUAGUAGCAGGACGAGCAAUACUGAAGCUAAAGGUGGCGUACCGCGAAUGACGCCGAUUAACUCUGCAACCACUACAGCACUCUCUCCACCUAGGAGUUUAUCUACGGCUCGUGUGGCUGCAGGAACGGGGAAGGGAACUAGGUUCUCGGGCUCCUCGCUAGGAUCGAGCACGGGACAGCAGAAUAUCACUGCUGGUAACAGCAAAGGUGGUGGGCGGCGGUCACAACGAGUUACCGCUAGCGCAUACGACUCUUACGCCACCUUGGUCAAGCCUAGCAGUCCGCCUUCCCUUGAGAAGUCUACCGCAGUGCCUGGUCUUAUUGACAUUGAUGCCGAUCUAGUCCAUAUUCAUUACAACAAUUACGUCAACACCUCCACGAUUGUUGAAGGUCUUCAAGACCGCGGCGCUGACAGUUCUGAAUCUUUCAGGGCGUCAAUUUUCAGCAGAGGAAGCACUAGGUCGCAGAUGCCCGAAGGGGAAAAAACGCCAGAUUUCAUCACACUGGCAAGUUUGCGCAUGAGGUUGAUAAAACGCAAGGAGAACGAAGAGCGGGCUAUGGCGGCGUCCGACGACCUACGAUCAGGAAAGAAAAAAUUUGCAUACUUCAAUCACGUCAACAUUUGUAGACCGGUCUUGUACAACUGCUUUUUGAAAUGACCGUAUGAGCAUCAGACACGACGGUAGCAUAUUCAUUUGUAGAUACUUAUAUCUAUGUUCCAGGGCUCAGGGCUGAAGGCCCCCCGAUCUAACUUUUUGAGGGUCUCCAGCCCCGGCAACUUUUUGU